GUCCUCUAUCGCCGACGCGCCUCCAAAGAUGCCGACAAGGUCGUGCUGCUGUCCGGCGGCGGCUCCGGCCACGAGCCCGCCCACGCAGGGUACUUGGGCGAGGGAGCGCUCGACGCCGUAGUUGCGGGCGAGAUCUUUGCGUCGCCGUCGGCUUCGCAGAUCCUGACGGGAUUGAAGACUGUGAAAUCGUCCAAGGGGUCCUUGAUGAUUGUGAAGAACUACACUGGCGACAAGCUCAACUUCGGAUUAGCGGCUGAGAAGGCCAAGGCCGAUGGACAGAAUGUCAACAUGGUCAUUGUCGGCGACGACGUCUCGGUAGAGGGUAACGCAUUGGUCGGACAGCGAGGACUUGCAGGUGUUGUGUUUGUGCACAAGAUUGCCGGGGCAAAGGCAGCCAAGGGGGCCGACCUCACCGAAGUCACAGCCGUCGCGAAGAAGGCGGCGUCGCAGAUGGCAACCGUCGCCGCCAGCCUCGACCGAUGCAGCGUCCCCGGGCGGGCGCAUCAAGAGUCGCUCCCCAGCGACCAGCUUGAGUACGGCAUGGGCAUCCACAACGAGCCCGGCGUCAAGCGCGAGGCGGUGCCGAACCUGGAGACGACGGUGCAGAAGGCGCUGGACAUGAUGUUCACGCCCAAGGCCAACAUGUGGCAGCCGCAGGCCGGCCAGCGCGCGGCGCUGAUGGUGAACAAUCUCGGCGGGCUGAGCGUGCUGGAGCUGGGCGUCAUCGCGGACGAGGUUGUGCGGCAGCUGGUGGCGCGCGACAUCACCAUCGACCGCAGCCUGGUCGGCACGUUUGUCACAUCGCUUGACGGCCCUGGGUUCUCGACGACGCUGCUGCAGCUCGACGACGAGCUGGUGGAACUGCUCGAUGCGCCUACAACGGCGCCUGCGUGGCCCCGAUCCAUCCACGGCUGGGCAAUGGAUGCGGAGGCGGUGGCGAGCCGAGAGACGACGGUUGCCGCCGAGGAGCCAAACAAGCGGGAGACGGGCGUCACGGUUCCGACUUCGCUGGUCAAGGCCAUCAUCGAGUCAGUAGCCAAGACCACUGCUGAGGACGAGCCGAAGAUCACCGAGUACGACACAUUGGCGGGAGACGGCGACUGUGGAGAGACGCUACUCAACGGCGUCAACGGGCUCGUAAAGGAAUUCCAGAAGGACGACGCAGACGCCCUCGACAUUGGCCAGAUCUUUCGCCGAACUGCCACGACGGCCGAGCGCAGCAUGGGCGGCACGUCGGGCGCUAUCUACGCCAUCUUCCUCAACGCCGUCGCCAACAGCCUGACAGACCUCGCCUCGUCACCGGACCACGGCGGCGCAUCAGCCCUGAUCCGCACCGCGCUGCAGGGCGGCCUGGACGAGCUGUGCCGCUACACGCCGGCGCGCAUCGGCCACCGCACGCUGAUGGACGCCCUAAUGCCCUUCGUGAGCGCCUUCCAGCACGCCGGUGCGCCGCUGCACAACGCCAUCGCCGAUGCCCGAGCCGGCGCCGAGGCCACGCGGAAGAUGGCGGCGGCUCUGGGGCGGGCGAGCUACGUCGGCCAGGACCGCUUCGACGACGAGGGUGGCAUCCCGGAUCCGGGGGCGCUGGGGGUUGUGAGCAUCCUGCGGGGUGUGGAGAUGGCGCUGAAGCAGCCUGCGCCGAGGAAGCGCACGCGCACCAGGACCGGCUGCCUCAACUGUCGACGCAAGAAGCGCAAGUGCGACGAGGGCCGCCCGGCCUGCGGGACGUGCUACCGCCGGAACGAACACUGCGAAUGGGGUCUCAAGAUUACGUUCCGGGCCGAGAAUGCCCAGGGGCUGGACGGCCGUCAUCCGUCGAUGCGCAAGAUGGCCAGGAAGCGGCCGCCUCGCGAGUUUGAGAUUCUCGACAUCACAUCCGAAGUUAUCCGCGACUACAACGCGCCCUCGCCGCUCCUCGAGUCCGAUGAAGAUGAAGGCGAGGGCAAGGAGCGCACGAAUGGCACAACCGCCCGCCCGAACGGACCCUCUCGCAUCGCACACCAUCCAGAUGGCUUCCUCGCCAACCAGACACCCUCGACCACGGGCAACCGGUCGCCAGUAUCUCAGCGCCAGACCGAAAGCGCCGUCGCGAACCUUCUCUACCUCCGCCAGGGCGGCCAGAUGCAGUCGCCCGUGGAAGUCGACCCCGCGCUGCAGGUGGCGAUGGAUCCCAUUGCAAUGGACAUGAUUACCGACUAUUCGUACAUGGAGCAGAUGCAGGCCUUCACCCCGGAAGGGACAUCCGAGGACGGCAUCUUCCUCCCUGGCUCGGCAUACCACGAGCUGCACUCGACGCUGCGGAACCGCCUCAUCCAGGAAACGAGAUCGAAUGCUCCGACGAGGUCGACGACGCCCAGAUUCGAGGCUGACAGCCUACACGACACAUCAACAACGAUCGAUGACGAUGCGGAUGAAACAAUUCCACUUCCAGACUAUCAAACCUCAGCCCACACCCAGUUGCCCUUGUUGUCAGAAGGUGAAGAAUACGCCUUGUGGAAGAAUUACUUUGAUGAGAUUGCUCCCUGGUUGGACAAGUUCGACAAAGAUCGACAAUUCCAGCAUAUCCUUCCCACAAUGACCAAAAACCACGACUAUCUGCGCUACUCCAUGCUUGCGCUCUCCGCGCGGCAGCUGGAGCUAAAAGAGACGACCCCAACCGAUCGAAGCCUCGCUCUAUAUCAAGAGGCGAUCCACUUACUUCUCCCGGACCUCCCUACCCGUAGCACUGCUGUCAUCGCUACGUGUGUCAUCCUCUGCGUGUUGGAAAUGCUGAGUUGCUCGCCCAAGGCGUGGCAACGACACCUAGACGGCUGUGCAAGCCUGAUGGAGGCCGUGGGAAUCAAUGGGUUCGUUGGAGGCAUCGAGGGAGCGUUGUUCUGGUGCUUCGCGCGGAUGGAUGUCUGCGGUGGACUUAUAUCCUCGGUCAAGACGCUCAUUCCCAUUUCUCACUGGGCCUCCAAGAGGACUAUUGAGGCCGACGUCGAGCUCUUCCGGUCCACCAAGGAGUUUGAGCAAUGGGCCAACUACGCCGUCUACUUGAUUGCCCACGUGCUCGACCUACUCGCCAUGCCCUCGGAAAUGAUCCAGGCUCCGACGCGCAACGAUCCCAAGUUCCGGGCGCGCUGGCUCAAGCUAUGGAAGUACAUUUGUGACUGGCAUCAUCGCCGACCGGCGCCGUUUAUCCCCACCAUGACGAUUCCCUCGAGCGACUCCUCCCCAUUUCCAACCAUUCUCUUCUCCAACCCCGCUGCCAUCUCGGGCAAUCAGCUGCACCACACAGCAUCCAUCUUGAUGCUGCAAAAUCAACCGCCUGCGGUGCGCCUGGCCUCAAAGCCUCGGAGCAUCCUCUGGCACGCCAGGCAAGUGUGUGGGAUCAGCAUUUCAAACGACCAUCACGGGGCUUGGACGAAUGGGAUACAGCCGCUGUGGAUCGCGGGACGGUGCAUGAGCCAUCCCAGCGAACACAAGGCCAUCCUGGAGCUUCUGGGCAGGAUUGAGAGGGAGAGCGGGUGGUCGACGCGGUGGCGAGCGGAUGAUUUGAAAGAAUUUUGGGGCGAUUUGGGAGAUUGA